AUGUUGGACUUUAAUGACUUCGUGGUUGACCGUGGCGGUGACCUUGAGAAAAUUAAGGAGAGCCAGCGUCGUCGAUAUGCUCCCGAAAGCUCAGUAGACGAGGUCCUGGAGCUUUUCGCAGCUGCUCGGGGGGCGAGGUUCGACACGAUGCAGAUAAACUCCAAGAUUAAUGCGCUGCAGAAGGAAAUAGGUUUGAAAAAAAAGAAUAAGGAGGAUGUGUCAGAAUUGCUGCCGCAAAAAGCAGUCCUUGAAAAGCAGAAAAAGGAUGCCGAAGAAUUAGCGGUUCUCAAAGAAAACGAACGCGACAGAAAGAUCAAGAGUAUCGGGAAUUAUGUUCAUGAUUCAGUCCCUAUCAGCAAUAAUGAGGAUGAUAAUGUCAUAAUAAAGACAUGGGCACCUGAUAACGUUACUGUCGAGAAACGUGAUUGUCUUUCCCACCAUGAAGUUUUGACUCGGCUGGAUGGUUAUGACCCAGAACGUGGUGUCAAGGUUGUCGGUCAUCGUGGAUAUUGCCUUACUGGCUAUGGUCUAUUUCUCAACCUGGCACUCGUUAACUACGGGUUGGAAUUUCUGUGGAAAAAGGGAUACAAACCAAACCAGCCCCCACACUUCAUGCUCAAGGAUGCCAUGGCAAAGACUGCGCAGCUAGAGCAGUUCGAUGAGGAAUUAUACAAGGUCGUUGAAAGUGAGGAUAAGUCGACUGACAAAUAUUUGAUCGCGACGUCAGAACAACCACUCUCAGCAUUGCACGGAAGCGAGUGGUUUCAAGAGAAGGACCUACCUCUGAAGUACGCCGGGUACAGUACCUGUUAUCGUAAAGAAGCAGGAUCACAUGGAAAAGAUGCUUGGGGCAUCUUUCGUGUACAUCAGUUUGAGAAGAUUGAACAAUUUGUUUUAACGAAACCGGAAGAAUCAUGGAAAACCUUCGAUGAAAUGAUAGCCGCGUCAGAAGAGUUUUACCAAUCACUUGGUCUUCCUUACCAGGUAGUAUCAAUAGUAUCAGGUGCACUGAACAAUGCGGCCGCCAAGAAGUAUGACCUUGAGGCGUGGUUUCCUUUCCAAGGAGAAUAUAAAGAAUUGGUGUCUUGCUCAAACUGUACUGAUUAUCAAUCACGGGAAUUGGAAAUUCGGUUUGGCGCAAAGAAGGCGGAUGCUAAGAAAACUUAUGUUCAUGCUUUGAACGCUACCCUAUGCGCCACUGAACGAACGCUUUGCUGCGUAUUGGAAAACUACCAGACUGAAGAGGGCUUAAAUGUACCUGAACCGUUGCGCAAAUAUAUACCGGGAGCCCCUGAUUUCAUUCCCUACACUCGGGAACUACCCAAGGACACAACAUCGGCGAAGAGAGGCAAGUCAGGUACGGCAGGGGUUACAAAACAGGUUGAGAAUCUCAAGGUUUGA